AUGGCGGAAGUAGUAACAGCUGUAAUUCGCCGCGGAGGCGCCGGCGGGAGCAACCGCGUCACGGACGGCGAUCUCGAGAGUUUCCUCUUCGGCGAGGAUGGUGACACGUCAGAGAUCGGCAAUCGCAGCCGUCGAUCCAGCCUCAGCUUCGAGCCGCUCUCGGCGCACGAAGAAGACGAUGGCGCUCCCGGCGGAGCCCGUGCCUACAAUCUCGGCGGAGGACAGGGGGGGGGACAGGGCGGGGGACACGGCGGGGGACAGGGUGGUGGCCAUGGCGGGGGACAUGGCGGGGGACACGGCGACAGAAGGCGGAUGAGCGUGGAGGAAAAAAACGCGUUGUGGCGGGAAACCGUUCGCGCGCGUGUGUCGUUCAAGCGCGGAGGGGGAGGGUCGCGGGGGGAGCCGGAGGUGCAGGAGCCGCUGGUGCCGCGGAGCGGGGAGCUGGUUCCGCGGAGUGGGGAGCUGGUUCCGCGGAGUCGAGAGCUGAUGGCUCGGCCGCGGCCGCAAACGCCGCCGUUAGGCACGGAGAGGGGGACAGAGCGGAGCGGCGUGUCAGGGUACGAGACGACUCAUAGGAGCAGCAUUUCUGUCGCGGAUAGGGCCACACAGGCCAAAGGCACACCCCCGCCCACGGACUAUGAUCCGUCGCAGGAAGUCCUAACGGGCAAGAACACGCACGUUUACUUCCCCUCACUCCCCUCCCGAACCACCCCUCCAGGUCUGGCCAUACCUCGGCCGCAACCGCCCUCAAAGGCGCACCCCCUCCCACGGACUAAGAUCCGUUGCAGGAGGUCUGGCCAUGCCUCGGCCGCAACCGUCCUCAAAGGCACACCCCCUCCCACGGACUACGAUCCGUCACAGGAGGUGCCGAUGGGCAAGCACACACACAUCCUCCUUCCAGACGGCACCUUCAAGGUCCCCACCGCGGAUGACCAUGACGCCACCACCGCCACGGGUCAGCACACCACCACAGGAAGGAGCAGUGGUGGCGGGGGAGGGAGCAACCGGCCGGUGAGGCAGCCUGCUGUUCAUUGGGAGGACUGGGCGAGCGAUGAGGAGGAGGACGAGGAGCAGAUCGAUGCUGUGAUGCUGGAAGACAUCUACUUCAAAGUCAAAGCAGCGGAUAAGCGAUUAGACGACUACAAGAAUCUGGUGUCGUUCCUCUGUUUCAUCGUGCUGUAUAUGGUGGUGCUGUACAUGCAAGCAGACUCCACGGACGGGUUUGAGGUGUCCACCGCACACAACAUACUGCUCCCUUCGGGGGCAUCAGGCAGUGAGCUCAACGCCAUGAGUGGACCGGACGAGAUGUACCAGUGGGUUAACGACAGCAUCAUACAGGUGGUGUGGGAGGGGCCGCACUGCGGCAACAGCGUGUGCGACAACCCCCUAGAAUACGCAGCAUUCGGGCGGUUCGGAUGCGAAGCAGACUGCGGGGUGUUUGAGAACGUGACGCACGUGGUGGUUCAUAUCCAUUCGUCCUUCUCCUCGCAAUCUGACAAGCAGGGCAGCUCCUGGAACCUGUGUAUGGUUCAACCCACCAACCUGUGCUGGUUCGAGGAGCCUCAGGUGUUUUCAGAGCUCCAAUCAGAAAUCGCAUUAGACCUUUUCAUCCCGGACGGCGACUGGCAAAUCAAGCUCGACGCGCCGGGCGGCGGUGUUCGGGGGAUAGUGCAAGUGGUCGGCGCACUCAGUGGCAACGCCACCCUGCAACGAACCAACGGCAGGGGCGGCCGAUCCAGCGCCCGAGGCUCAGCAACAGGCUGGGGGACGGCCUGGAGCGUGUCAGGCAACGGGGGAGAAUCAGGGGGGGUGGUGGAUACAACGUUAGCCCAGCUUACAGACUUGGGAGCGAGUAAAGACGUAGUGGUAACAUGGGGUGGGUGUGCGACGAGUAAGACAACAGUGGCGAACGGGCGUUCAGCAGUGCUGGCUAAGAGGCUGUAUGGGUGUAGGGAGACGUGUGCUGCUAUGGCAACGUGUGUGCUGGGCGCGUGUGAGAACGUGGGGGUGGAAGAGGCGUCGGGAGUGUUUGUGGACUUACAGCAACUGGACGUGCGUUCAGACAGUGAACGCCACAUAGGUGACAUCCCACCAGCGGCGGUUGCUGCAGCUGGUUCGAGGGCAACCACCACAGAUACCAUCACUGCACAGGCAAGCACAAGGGCAUGUGCAGACACCGAUGAGCUUAAGCACGACUUCUCCCUUAGAGGCGACUCUGGUUCGAGGGCUGGCAUCGCAGACACCGCCUCUGCAGGGGCGAGCACAGGGGCACGUGCAGCGACAGAUGAGUCUGAGCGCGAUGCCCCCAUGGAGGGCACGAGAGAAGGGGUAGAGGAGGGAGAAAAAGAUGUGGUGGUGUUAAAGGCGCAGGGAGGGACAGCAGCAGAAAAUGGGGAGGGUGGGGCGGCAGCAGAAGCAGCAGACGAGGUGGGGUUAGCAGCACGAGUGGGGGAAGAGGAGGCAGAGGAGGAAGAGCAAGAAGGGGAAGCUGGGGAAGCAGAGGAAGGAGCAGAUAGCGGCUUUAGUGUGUGGACCGACAGCAGUAGCAGCGCAGGCAGCAUUGGACACGUAGAGAGCGUGGAGAGUGUGCGAAGCAUGGGAGGCCGAAUGGAGAGUAUUGGAAGAAUCGGCGGAUUUAUGAGCCAUAGAGCCUUGAAUGCUGCAGUGCCAGCAUCCAACCCUUCACUCCACCCGUUCUCUCCGCCCCCACCCCUCUUCCUCCCUCUUCGUUUCCUCUCUCCAAACCCUUCCAAUACACCAGCAGUGCCAGCGCCCAGCCCACUAGCACCGACGGCAACAGCAGCAGCAGCAGCAGCAGCGGCGGCAGCAUCGGCAGCAGCAGCUGCUGCUGCUGCGGAUACCACCACCCCUACCUCCACUUCUGAUAACACUGCACAGUUAGUCGCACAGGCGAUCACAGACACACAAGCAAUCUCACAGGGAGGCGCACAGACAGUCACAGGUGCACAAGCAGUAUCACAGGCGAACACACAGGCAAUCACAGGCGCACAGGCAAUCACAGACGCGUGGGCAGCUCUAGGCCCCACGGAGCGGCAGCGGUGGUUCAACCUGCGAGUGGCUGUCAGCCGCGCGCUCUUCUCGUGGGUGGGGGACGCGUGCCUUGCAAACGUGUUGUGUGCCGUGUGUCUCGAUGCUGCCACCCAGGCUCGUGUUUCUGCCUUGUUCUGUGCUCUGCUGCACAGCCCGGGGGAAGCGCACGGUGGGCAAGGUGUUGCUGCUGGAGCUUCUGGUGCUUCUGAUGGUUCCCUGCUUGGCAGCAGUUUGUUCAGCAGCAGCGAUGUGAUUGGAGGUGGUUCAUUUGACGUGGCAGCAGUGGGAGGGAACGGAUGUGUGCUCGGCCCGUUCACCUCUGUGGAUGGAUCCAUGGCUGCUGCUGCUGCUCACUUCGCCUUUCACGGCUUCCCUCCUGCUCCUCCUCCUGCUUUCAACACCACUAACACCAAUGGGACUGCUUCUAACGGAGCUGCUUCUAAUGGGACUGCUUCUAAUGAAACCGCUUCUUCCGUCAGUGCCCCUGAUCUGCUCUCCAGGCGACUGCGCAUGUCCCGGGAUCAGUUUGCGCGGUUCAUAGGAACCUUCCUGGAUGCUGUCGAGUCGGUGGUGGUUCUGGAUGGGGCAACUGUGUCGCGCCUCUCCUCACACCUCUACGUUGCUGCCAUUGGCCUUGUGGACGGGAGCACGGAGGGCUGCAGCCUGCAUGGGCGCUUGCUGGAGUGGGCAGUGGGGGCGGAUUUCAACGUGACAGUAGGGAGGGGCGACAGUGUGCAGUUUGUGUGGGCUGACGACUACCCUCACUCCGUUAAAGUGCGUGGGCUGGGCAGCAGUGCGCACGACAGUCUCUUCAAGGGCUAUGGCGCCAACCGCAUGGUGCUAUCGAGGCACAGCCGGUGCGCGCCUGACAACGUGGGCACCAUGCCGCUUGACGGCCCGCCGCACCCGUGUGCUCUCUAUGGCCCCUCGGAUGCUCCUGCGUUCACCUACACGGCUGUCUUCACUCAAACUGGCUCCUACAAAGUGGAGUGCGGGCGGUUUGGGGCCGAUAUGACUGCGACAAUACAUGUUGUGGAUGAUAGCGAGGAUGACUCUACUUUCCUCCUCGACCCGUUCUUUGAUGCAAACACUACCACCAACCCCGGAACCCCGCUUCUCUCCCCGCUCACCUCCUCCUGCUACCCCGGCUGUUCCUUCGGCAACCUAGCCGACGGUCGCUGCGACCCCCUCUGCAACAAUCACCACUGCGCCUUCGACGGGGGAGACUGCGAGUGUGCCACUCUAGCUGGCAGCGGGGGGGGAGUGGGGGGGGAGUGUCCGUGCCCUGCAGGGCAGACCAGGUCGGAGGCAGGCUUGUGCUGUCCCACCGAUGCUGUGGGGUCGAACCUGCUGUUCCCGUUCCAGCUGCGCUCGUUCGGGCCGGACGCGCAUGCGAGCAACACACAGUUCUCAGAGCUUUAUGAGAAGCCGCUGCACCGACACGUGACUGAGAGGAACAGGUGGGUUGGGAAGUUAUGUCUGGGGCGGGGAGGAUGGGGAAGUGGAAGGGUUGGUGGGGGAGUGGGAGGGGAGUGUCCGUGCCCUGCAGGGCAGACCAGGUCGGAGGCAGGUUCGUGUUGCCCCACCGAUGCU